CAGUGGGUUUUUUCGAUCACUUCCUCCUCUUCUCCUCCUCCUUCUCGACGUCUUCCUUCUUCUUCUUCCUCUUUGAAGAGGCGCCGUCAGAGGACCAGCAACGCCGCUCUGGACGGCGUCCGAAUCCGACCGCUGGCGCCAUGAGGUGACGUCUGUGACAUCUUGAAUCAUUUCCCCCCCACCGGACACAUGGCGAGGAUCACCUUCUCCUGCCUGCCGGCCUCCUGGUACUGCAGCGUGACCCUGCUGUCUCUGGGCUGCGCUCCUCGUCAGCGCCUCCUGCUGCUCCUCUUCCUCACCUCCGUCAUCCUCCUCCUGGGAACCUACCAGAAGCAGCUGUGGGGGGCGGGGCCGCGGCGGCCGGGGUCAAGGGUCAACAAGUACCUCUCCAUGGCCGAGUCCAUGGAGGUGACGGACGUGUCGGACCCGGCCCUGAACUACGGCAUCGUGGUGGACUGCGGCAGCAGCGGCUCCCGGGUCUUCGUGUACUACUGGCCCCCCCACAACGGGAACCCCCACACGCUGCUGGACAUCCGGCAGAUGAGGGACCGCGACCGCAUGCCGGUCGUCAAGAAGAUCAAACCCGGUGAGGGGGAGGGGCUUAUCUCUGAGGUGAGGCGGGUCCUCUGGGCCCUGAGACAGAACCUGCAGGCUUCUCUUUUAAAAAAAAAAUCUAUCGACGCAAAAGAAGGAAAGAAAAGGAAUCAUCGAGGAAGCGAUCGUUUGGUAACCAUAGAAACGGGCGUGUCGGCGCUGAAGCUGUCGCAUGUCUUCCUCCCCUCGCGGCUGCUGCCGGAGAGCCAGCAGGCGGCCAUCUUGGAGGACCUGGUCGCCGACGUUCCCCUGGAGUUCGACUUCCUGUUCUCCAGCUCGCACGCCGAGGUCAUCUCCGGGAAGCAGGAAGGCGUGUACGCGUGGAUCGGCAUCAACUUCGUGCUGGGCCGCUUCGAUCACGCCGACGAAGAGGACGCGACAGUCGAGGUGACGACGGGGUCCCAGAGCCAGCGGCCGAUGAGCCGGCGGCGCACGGUGGGCAUCAUGGAUAUGGGCGGAGCCUCCCUGCAGAUCGCCUACGAGGUGCCGAGCGCCAUCACCUUCAGCUCGCCGCAGGAAGAGGAGGCGGGGAAGAGCGUGCUGGCGGAGUUCAACCUGGGCUGCGGCGUGGAGCACGCGCAGCACGUCUACCGCGUCUACGUCGCCACGUUCCUCGGCUUCGGGGGCAACAUGGCGCGGCGGCGCUACGAGGACCAGCUGCUCAACGGCACGCUGGCAAAGAACAGGUUUCUCACCGCGCAGACCGGCCUCACUGAGGUCCAGCCGUACCUGGAUCCGUGUCUGCCGGUCGGCCUGUCGGACACGGUCGUCGGGGACAACCACACGGUGUACCUGAGGGGUCAGGGCGACUGGGCUCGGUGUCGGGCGGCCGUGCGACCUUUCCUCGGCCUCCACAACGGCACCAUGUCCCCGGGCGGCGUCUACCAGGCUCCCAUCAAUUUCAGCAACAGUGAGUUCUACGGGUUCUCCGAGUUCUUCUACUGCACGGAGGACGUUCUGCGGCUGGGGGGUCCGUACGACAGCCUCAAGUACUCCAGAGCCGCCACGGACUUCUGCCUCACCAAGUGGUCGAUCCUGAAGCGACGCCUGGACAACAAGUUGUUCUCCAAGCAGGCCGACGUCAGCCGACUCAAGUUCCAGUGCUUCAAGUCCUCCUGGAUGUUUGAGGUACUGCACUCUGGCUUCCGGUUCCCGGCCGACUUCCCCAACCUGAAGACGGCCCAGCUGGUCUACGACAAGGAGGUCCAGUGGACUCUGGGCGCCAUCCUGUUCAAGACCCGGUUCCUGCCGCUGCGGGACCUGCAGCAGGAGACGCUGAGGCCGAGCCGGCCCGGCUGGCUGCGCUCCUCCUUCCUCUACAACCACCACCUGCUGUCGCUCUGCAUCCUGGUGGUGGCGCUCGCCAUCCUGCUCUACAUCCUGCGCCUCCGGAGGAUCCACCAGCGGGAGAGCCGGCAGGCCGAGACCCUGAGCCUGCUCUGGGCCGAGGAGGGGGAGGCGCUGCUGUCCUGAGGGGGAGGAGUCGCAUACCUGGGGGAGGAGUCUCAUACCUGGGGGAGGAGUCAGACACCUCGGGGAGGAGUCAGACACCUGGGGAUGUCUUUAAUGGCGCCGACAGGCAGCCGAGAUUUAAUGAGCCCGGAAAACUCACCUCGUCAUGACGCGGCUGAGCCAGCAGGGGGCGGGCUUCUGUCUUCAACGGGUUCAUGAGGACAGGAACAAGAACUGUUGAUAAGACCUGAGAAAGGAAGUACACAGACUGAGGACGACGUUCAGGUGCGUGUGUGCGUGUGUGUGUGUGUGUGUGUGUGUGUGUACAUGUUGGUUUUCCACAUGACAUCAUGUUGGUUAAUUAAAUGUUAAAUUUAGAACUCGUCUUAAAGCUCUCAGGCUAUAAAUGGUGUUCAGGCGACUUUGUUUAUUUAUUUUUAACUCCAGUUGAACGCCUCUCAGAUUGUGUUCUCUGGUCCCUGAACGCUUCUCAGAUUGUGUUCUCUGGUCCCUGAACGCCUCUCAGAGCAUGUUCCCUGGUCCCUGAACGCCUCUCAGAUCAUGUUCCCUGGUCCCUGAACGCCUCUCAGAUCAUGUUCCCUGGUCCCUGAACGCCUCUCAGAUGUUAUCGGAGGGGAAGCUCUGCUCGGUGUCUGGAUGAGGCGCUGAGCGGACGAAGGGCCGCGGGCCCGAAUCCUAACGGACUCAUGACGCAAUAAUGAAAAGAAAGAAGGAAACCGGCCAAAAUGGAGGCGUUGCCAUAGAGACGAGAUCUGAGCGCGUCCGAAACAGAACGACUUCAAAGACUUUUAUUUUUAUGGGGAAAUAAGCCACAAAAACAAAGUGUGUGUGUGACUGGUGUCUGAAUCUUCGAGACGCACACUUCCUGUUUCUGUUCCCACUCACCAGUCGGUGACCUUUGACCUCUUCAUUCACCUGGUGUGAGCCGGGCGUCGUGCAAUGUUCCACAGGAAGUCACUGAAGGGGACGGUUUCUAUGUCCUUUGUUUACACUCAGGAACCUUUUUGUUGUUUUGUAAACAACAUUCCAAUAAAGAUCCUUUUGUAAUAAAGA